CGCGGCGUGACUGUCAUGGCGGAGCCGACGGACUGCUUCUUACGGGAGCUGGAACUCAGCGAUGGCUCUGUUGUGGCUAUCCGCCAGCUAAGCUCAGGAGAUGUUGGUUGCGUGGUGUGGGACGCAGCUAUCGUACUAUCAAAGUUUCUAGAGAGUCAGGAAUUUAAGUUGCCUGGGGGUCAGCGACUGAGCGGAAAGUGUGUGCUGGAGCUGGGCGCCGGGACCGGCAUUGUUGGCAUCGUGGCAGCCACUCAGGGAGCAAAUGUCAUCGUCACUGAUCUUGAAGAUCUGCAGGAACUAAUGAAAAUAAACAUUGAAAGUAACUCCCACCUUAUCACAGGUUCUUGCCAAGCGAAGGUACUAAAAUGGGGUGAAGAAGUUAAAGAUUUGGUGCCUAAACCCGACUACAUCUUAUUGGCUGACUGCAUCUACUACGAAGAGUCCCUGGAACCAUUGCUGAAGACUCUGAAGGACCUUACUGGCAUUGACACAUGCAUCUUGUGUUGUUAUGAGCAAAGAACUAUGGGCAAAAAUCCUCAAAUAGAAAGAAGGUUUUUUGAGCUAUUAAAAGAAGACUUUAAGUAUGAAAAAGUGCCCCUGGAAAAACAUGACAAAGAAUAUCGGAGUGAAGACAUUCAUAUUUUAGAAAUUUACAGAAAAACAUAAGAGUUUCACAUUUAAUAUAGAUGUCCCUGUCUGUUUUUUAGUGGCAUGUUCACAUUUUUCUGACCAAUUCUUUACGAAUCAGAUUUAUUUAUACUUUGUGUAUAUCAUUAAAAAUGUUCAUUGAUAGUUCCAUACAUGUGAUCUGUACAUAUUUGUAUUGCAUCUCUUGGCUCUGUGCAGUUGCCGAUCUCCAACUCAUGUGUUUUACCUACAAAGGUUAGUGGCUGGUAGUGAAUGUUACAAGAUAAAGUUUAGCAAAUGCAGGAGAAAUGUACUGAUUUUAUCUUCCUGUCAAGUUAUAGGCAGUUAUUCCAUAUUUAGAAAGGUUACCUGCAAGAGAUGAAGCUUAUAUUAAAUAUUUUUUUUAAAAUAAAAGGGUGCACUCUAUUUAUUGAUAAAAUAAUCUUAGGUUUUAUGAUAAGUGGGUUAUUUUAUUGGCUGCUAAGUGUAGCAGCAAAUGUCUACAAUAUACUGUAGAUUACUUCACAUUAACAGCUGUUAGCUGGAAUAGGAUUGGUUGGCUAGGCAGUUGUAGUUCUGCUGCAGCUGGAAUGAAGGUGUCCUGCUAUAAACAGAACUACAUUUUGCAAAAAGUUUUUAGGAACUGUAUGCAUAUGAUUAAGUAUGGUAAAGUUGCCCUGUACAUUCUAUUGCAACAAUGAUUUUGCGAGAAACUGCAGCAUAUGGGAUACUUAAAAUAAAGUCUUCAUUCGGA